AUGGCGGAUGUGGCUGUGGGGAAGGCGCAUCACUACAGUGACGGGCUUGCCGCGGCGAGACGAGCGGCAGCGGUUGACGGCGGGACCGUGCGGUGGCUCGUCGCUGAGUGUUGCGCCGGUGUGAGGUGCCGGUCGGAGGCGACGGUUAAGGGCUGUGCACGGCGGACUCACCGACGGGACGAUGGGUGGCGGGCUGUGCGCCUUCACGGUUGGCGAGUUGCGGCGGCGCUCCACGGAUGGCCGACACCGCUGGUCAUCAGCGCCACCCUCCGAUUGCCGGCGCUAGCCGACGUUCGCUACCGCUGGAAGCCGCCGAAAUUCACCACUGUAGGAUCCAACGGUCAUGGCUUCACAAGAGCUAAGCAGAUCGGCCAUCUCCUCAGCGCCAUCCACCAGGGCCGCCCACGACCGCCAUCUAUCCCGCCGCUCGACGCCGCUCGCAGCCUCCGGAAUCCUCCAUUAAUCCUUCGAACGGACAUGGCUUCACUAAAUAAAAGCAGAUCGACCAGCUCUUCAGCGCCAUUGACCAGCGCCGCCAACGACCGCCAUAAGGGAGCUCCCGUGGUUGGCGGUAGCGAUGUGACGAGCGGAAUUGAUAUCGGAACUAGCUUGCGUCGGGAUCAAGGUUCGGUGGACGAGCUACUCCGACAAAGGGACGAACUGGCACCAAACAAGGUUCGAUGA